AUGGAGAAUAUGUUACCCAAUGGCUGCUCGGGCAAAAACUCCCGAAUUCCAUCCCCAGUCGAGAAGACAAUGAGGUCAAUUUGUCUUAUUACUACCGAUGACGGCUCAUGGGCAUCUGGUGUCUUGCUGAAUAAACAAGGUUUGGUUCUUACAAACGCUCACCUCCUCGAGCCGUGGAGGUUUGGUAAAGCCUCUGCAAAUGGUGACAGAAUCGGAACUAAGUUCGAGGUUGCAAUAAUUCCGAACACCAAUGAUGAAGAUUCGAGCCCGGAUUUGGUUAUCAAUGAGAGGGCAUUAUCCGGACAUGCCUCGACAUUUUCGAACCACAGAAAUGUGCGUGUUCGGUUAGAUUCUAUGGAUCCUUGGAUGUGGACGGAUGCUAGAGUAGUGUAUAUUUCCAAAGGCCCAUUGGAUAUUGCACUUUUGCAGCUCGAUAUUGUUCCUGAUCAACUCUGCCCGAUUCUUGUGGAUCUUGGUUACCCUUCGUGUGGAUCAAAGGCGUAUGUGGUCGGGCAUGGGCUGUUUGGACCUCGUUGUGACAUCCUUCCAUCCUCCUGCCUUGGCGUUAUAGCUAAAGUAAUCGAAGCCACUCAGUCACUACAGCUUAAUUCGGACGAAAAGUUUCCAGUCAUGCUGGAAACAACUGCUGCUGUCCAUCCCGGCAGUAGUGGUGGUGCUGUUGUUAAAUCGGACGGCCACAUGAUUGGCCUUGUCACAAGUAACGCUAAGCAUGGUGGAGGAACUGUCAUACCUCAUUUGAACUUCAGCAUCCCUUGUGCUGCUCUUGAGCCUGUUUUUAACUUCUCCAAAGGUUAA